ACGCCCAUUGGGCAUCGCCGGCCAGCAAGCCGAGAGCAAGCCCAGUACCUGCCAGUGCCGGACCGAGCGGCGCGCGUGUGGCACCGUGCGUAGCGCCGUGUGAGUGAGCGUGUGCGCGUGGAACGAGUGCGUGUGUGUGAGUGCCACGCACCGCGACGCACAGUCGGUCGGCAAGUCUCGCUGCCCUCCACCAGGUUGCCGCCAUGGAGGGACAUCCACGGAGAAGUGUCAGGUGGUCGGGGCGGGCCUUGCUGUCAUGGAUCGCUCUGUCAGCGCUGGCGGCGGUGGCGGCCCAGGAGAACGCCGGCAUGACCAUCCCCAGCUCCCUGGUGGAGUGCUACUCCAACGCCUCCCUGCUGUCGCACGCCGCCCUGCCCACCUUCGGCAUCGGCCAGCUCAUCGACCUCAUCCGCAAGGUGGAGAACAACCAGUACAUCCCGAUGGACCUCAAGACCCUCGCGGUGCAGCUCACCCAGAGGUUCCGCCAGGACGGAAUUCGGCGCGCCCCCGACGUGACCCCGUCUGACGGCGUGGUCCCCUUCACGCCGUCCGGCCCCGAGUUCUUCCGCCACAUGAUCCUGCUGACGAAGCUGAUCCCCGGCAACGCCUACAACUUCCCCAACAGCAGCCUCAGCAUGCCCGAGCAGUGCGCGCUGCACUUCAUGAUGUCCUCCACGAUGGACGAUAUCAACCGCGGCGCCAACGACGACCAGCCCUGCAACAACCUCAAGAACUACCCGAGCGACCCGUACGGCAACUCGGGCACCUUCAGCGGCUACCAGAGCGGCUACGGCGGCGGCGGCUACGGCGGCUUCGGCGGCGGCUACAGCUCGGGCGUCAACUACAACAGCCGGAGGGGCCCGCCGACGCGUGCCCCCAGGAGGUCGAGGAACGCGAGUCCCGGCAUCGAGGACGACGUGGAGAUCCUGGACCCCAACUUGCAGGCCGCGGCGACGGAGAAGGCCGGCAAGAGCACCAACUACGUGCGCAGCCGCUGCCCGGUGCAGUCCGGCGUGGUGCUGACGCCGUGGGGGUCGGUGAGCGGCGGCACGGUGAUCGCGGCCAUCGCGGCGGGGCUGGUGCCUCAGACCGUGCAGGGCGAGAUGCUGGCCGCAGCCUUCCCGCGCUCCAGGUACUACACGCCCAGGAGGAACAGCGCCGACACCAUGGGCGCCAUCGACAACAGGUGGGCCGCCACCUUCUCCGGCGACCUGGCCCAGGUGGCGCUGCUGCAGGGCGCCAGCGACCGGAACAACAUGGCGGUCGGUACGGCCGGCGGCUGGUCGUCCGCCUUCGAGCCCAAGCAGUACUACAUCACGCCCCAGAACCUGAACCGCCAGACCGACGGCUCCAUGACGGACCCCAUGGUCAGGGGCAGCAUGGACGGCCUCAUCAUGGCUUCGUACGUCAGCGAGUGGUACAGCCGCACUAGCAACUCCCUGAAGCUGUCCCAGUUGCUCGACAUGUACUACUCGGAGCGCGGCGUCUUCGACAGGAACACCCGCGCGUGCUCCAGGCGAGAGCGCUUCGGCGACGUGGCGACCACGCAGACCCUCAACGCGCAGACUGAGGCGUUCUCCAAGUUCUACGGCCGAAACAACCCCAUCUCGGUGACCAUGACGGAUGACGUCAUCUCCGAUCUGGCGGACACCGCCGUCUCCAAGCUGCAGCUCUACAUCCCGACGGCCAGCGCCCCCGCGUGCGAGGUGACGUCGACGGGGCUGCUGGCGCGGCCCUACGCCAACCUGCUGGUGCUGCUGGACACGGCGUGGCAGUACACCGACAUCCACCCCGCCAUCUCGUUCCUGCUGGACCGCACGGAGGCCGGCCAGUUCGGCAGCAAGGUGACGAUCCUCAACGCCAUGGACGGCAGCGUGCUGUUCAACUCCACGUACCCGCGCCUGGACUGGCACGUGGCCUACACCAGCGACGCUCACUCGGACGCCGCCAUGACCGCCACGGGCUUCGACAUGCUGUCCUCGCUGGGCGCCGCCAUGCAGCGCCUGCGCACGCACGACGCCGACAACCAUGACCGUCGCGUCCUGGGCGGCCGCGGCCAGGCCGUGCUGUUCGUGCCGCAGCAGAACAAGGGCGUGGACCAGAACAAGCUCUGGGAGCGCAUGACCAACUACCGCAUGCUGUACCCUGACGUGGACUUGCUGGUGCUGGCCAGCAGGAACAUCAACCGGAACGCGUUCAGCGCCUUCACCAACGACACCAACAACGACGUGUUCUCGCUGGAGCCGACGGACCCGUACAACUCCAUGUCACAGUUGGUCAACAGGAUCAAAAGAGUGCCCCGACGCCUCCGCAACCCCAACUGCGACCCGGACUGGAGGGAGGACCGCUCCGGCAACUCCGAGUUCGUGGACUACGUGGAGCCGCUGGGCGUCAACUACUACCGCCUGGCGCCCAACAACUUCUACCGCACGACGGACACGCAGGCCAAGCUGCGCGUCACCAUGAACCAGGGCCUCGGCACCCUCACCGUGUGCUACUCCAGGUCCUUCCCGUCCUUGAACGGCACCAGCAGCAACAUCGGCUCGCAGGCCACCAGCGCGGGCACCUGCAGCCAGGUGGGCAACAACGGCCUUGAGAUCCCCAUCGUCAACCUGUGCCCCGACGCCUACUUCGUCAGGGACUGCGCGCCGCUGUACCUGGCCGUGUCCGCGGCGCAGUCCACCACCGGCGCCAGCACGCGCUGCCAGGACCAGAACGCGUGCCGCUUCCCCGACAUGGUGCGGUACAGCGUGAUCCUGGAGCGGGCUGGCUGCUGGAGCUCUGCGAGCGGCCUGCAGGCCGUCGGCGUGCUUGCGACCCUGCUUGUGGCCUUGUCGUCCGUCCUGCUGCACUAGCAGUGCACUAGCAGCGCACUAGUGCCGCCAAGGCAUGGCCUAGGCACAGUGGGUCAGAAGAACGGUAGAGGCGGCCGAAAUCCCGGACGCGUUUUGAGCCCCAGAGUCGCUGAACGGGACUUGAACCGACCGUGUGACCCCACCAAUGGAUUGCUCUGGGAACGAGGAA